GGGAAACCGACCAAUGUGGAUAUCAUUAAUUUUUUGACAAUAUCAUCGCUGUCCGGAUACAAGCAAAUGUGUAAUUUUUGUUUUAUAUUAACUGCUUAAAGGGGAUUAUCUCGUGUUCUAACCAUCCGAUUCUAAGCAAAACAAAAAAACACUUUAAGCUGUUGACGCCGUGGCACGCCUGUUCGGCAGGGUGGUGAAGGGGGUCGAGAUAAUUUACCAAAAUCUUGCAAGAAAUGGGGUCUUUCGCCAAUUUCGACCGGAUUUGUAGAUUGUGUGGCAUCGAGAGCAACGACCUGAUCCACCUCUUCGAAAACACAAAUCAGGACCGGAAUCUGGUGGCCAUAAUCAAGAAGUACCUUCGCGUUACAGUAAAUAUAAAAGAUGCUCUGCCUCAGCAAGUGUGUGGACCAUGUAUUGCAAAACUGGAUGAGGUGGUGGACUUCAUGGAUGCAAGUCAGACUACACAGAUUAAGCUCAGGAACCAGCUGAAAGAUAGCUCUUCAGAUAAUAGUGUUCGGAUCCAUGAAGACCAACUGUAUGAGCUGAUUCAAGAUGUCAAAGUAGAACUUGAAGAAGCAGAGGAGCAGUUUGUUGAUGAUCUUGAUGAUGAAGAUUAUGGACCUCAUGGCAACAGGAGAAGGACUACUCGGCUGCGGAGCUUACGGGGACGAAAUGCUGCAAUUAAAGCCAGUGGCAAAAGAGACGGAAGGUCCAAGCGGAGCAAGACCUUGGUUGAUGCCGGAGCAAAUAGUGAAGAGGAAACAAAGAAAGCUGAAAGUUUAACACCAUUGGAUUAUGGUGAUAGCCUAAUGGAAGAGGCAAGUACCCUCUCUACCCCAGAAGACAUGGGUAUCCAGCAGAAAUGUGCUGUCAGAUGUUGUGUGUGCAAAGCCUCUUUUGAUCAGCUGGAGCAGCUGUCAUCACACUCCUUGGAGGCCCAUCAGCUGCAGACACCACGUUACAUGUGUCCACAGUGUCCUCGCACCUUCCCCAAAGUCACAUCCAUGACCAACCACCAGCGUAGGAAACACCAGGAGACAUUACAGGGGUGUCCAAAGUGUAGGAAAUUAUACCCAGCACACUAUCUCUGGACCCGUCACAUGUUGGUCCACUCAAACACACGUCCGUUUUCGUGCGAUGAGUGUGACAAGAAGUUCAAAAGUAAGCCAGAACUAAUCAACCACAAGAAGGUUCACAGACCAAGUGAAGAACGCUACACACACUGCUGUGAAGUGUGUGGUAAAAGAUUUACACAGAAAGCAAAUCUUGAAAGCCACCUAAGGCUUCACACAGGAAACCGUCCCUUCUCAUGUGAGUUUUGUGGAAAGUGUUUUUCCCAAAGAGGUAACAUGGAGGAACACCGUCGAAUUCACACGGGUGAAAAGCCGUUUGUGUGUGAUGUCUGUGGGGUCAGUUAUUCACGCCAGGGACAGCUAGCAAUGCACAGAAGAAAACACAAUGGUGAAAAGCCACAUAAAUGCCAAUACUGUGAAAAGGAAUUUCUGCGGAGAGAAGUACUUCGUAAGCAUGAGCAUAUGCAUACGGAUACGCGUCCAUACAAGUGCUCCUAUUGUGAAAAGAGUUUCAGGGACCAAGGAAAGCGCAAGGUGCAUGAGAGACUCCACACUGGGGAGAGGCCCUAUGAGUGCCAGGUUUGCGGCAGGGGCUUUUGUGAAUCGGGCAAUUUGCGCAAGCACCUGCGUGUGCACCAACGGCGCCCAGGAGCUGUGGUUGCACCAGCUGCCCCACCUAGUGCAAGGGAGCGAGAUGGCCUUCUGCCCCCAGCGAUUAAUGUGGCUGUUAGCAGUGCUGCCCCGGGACCUACCAGCUACAGUGUGCCCCAUGCAACAUUCACCUUCCCUGGUGCACCUGCGGUGAGGCACACAGUAGAAGGCAUGGCAGAAGGGUCGCUCAUGCUGGUGCCAGAGGUGUCCAGUCUAGCCACACCUGCCACGCACAUCGUGACUACUAGUAUGCCCCACAACCCCCAACCUGCAUUGGCUGUGCCCAUGGCUGGCUCCCCUUGUCCUACCAGCCACCCACUCGUCACCCUCCGGCCGCUAGAAGAGCCAAGGGAAAGUACAGCCAUGGCUGAGGGCAGCGACAGGGAAGACUAUAGGGUCAGCGCCACCUCUGCCUCCUUCCAAACUGUUGGAUGGGCACUUUAUCAGACUUAAGUACUCCUUUGUCUAUAUACGUCUGCCUUCAUUCAACUUUGAUACUUUUCACCAGCCUCCCUUAAGUGUGCGGGUGUGCACUCUUUCAGGUGUAGAAGGGUCCUACAACUAUGGCAUCCCAAUUGAGUGGAAUGACUUGUAUUGAGUUUUAAUUGUUAGAACUUUGGAAUGACAAUAAAGACAUUGAAUGCUAUAUAAUAGAAGAGAAAGUUUCAGUUGUAUAUUGAUUCUUAAUACUAGUAUUUACUUGCGUCAAAUUAUUAUUUAUUGUUAUUAUCCUUACGUCAUUAUUAUUUAUUGUUAUUAUUCUUACGUCAUUAUUAUUUAUGUUGUUAUUAUUACGUACGUCAUAUAAUUAUUAUUCAUUUUAUUAUUAUUGUUAAUUAUAUUGUUAUUAUUAUUGUUGUUAUUACUAAUACUAUUAUCAUCAUGAUCAUAAUUACCAAUGUUGUUAUUGUAAUUAUCAUCAUUCCUACAAUGAGCCAGAUAUGGGAAUAGCCACAUUACUCAUGGACAGUUUCCCUUGCAUUUUGAACGGGUAUAUCUAUUUGACUUAAAUUUCAAUGGAUGUGAUUAUCGAUCACAUCAGUUGUUGAAACCGAUGAAGAAUGUGGAUAUGUGAAUAGGAUUAAAUACUGCGCUGUUACACCUAAUUACCUUGUCAUGCAUUAUCCAGGUAAUGAAUCCGUCCAGAUUGAUAAGUGCUAUAUGCACAUGUAAAGUUGGAGCUGCUUUUCUUUCUUUCUGAUCUUGAUUUUUUUUGUGCGAAUACAUUGAACUUUGUAAUUUCAAAUUCAGGGCAUCUAUAUAGUGCGUAGUAAUUGGCAGAAAAAAGGAUGGAAGUUCAAGAAAACAGUUGCAUUUAAAAUAGGAUAUUACCAUCACUUAUUAUUGUUACAUUACUUAGGCAACAGAUUUGUUGGCAGAGUGUGUUUUUUAUUAUGCAGAAUCAUGCCAAAUAAAAUAAGUGUUUUGUAGAUGAUUAUAUUACAUAAAUGUUUAAAUGCCUAUAUAACUAUAUUACAUAAAAGAAUAAAUGUGUAUAUUACUGAA